UGGUGCUUCGAUUAAAUGUGAGCGAGAAGGCGUCGCCCAAUAGGAACUUCCUUUUGAGGUUGUGGUCCCGCCCCAGAGCCCUUUCCCCUACUUCCGCUUCUGACGCUGUGGCGGUCCAGGUCGAAAAUGGCGGCGGCGGCACCUGUAGGAACCCGAGUUUCUCGGCUGCUGGGUCGGUCCCUCCCACAGCAAGGGCGGCCUAUGUCGAGUGGUGCCCACGGCGAGGAAGGCUCAGCUCGCAUGUGGAAGAUCCUCACCUACUUCGUCGCGCUCCCCGGGGUGGGAGUGAGCAUGCUGAAUAUUUUCCUCAAGUCGCACCACGGAAAGCACGAAAGACCCGAAUUCAUCGCCUACCCCCAUCUCCGCAUCAGGUCCAAGCCCUUUCCCUGGGGAGAUGGCAACCAUACUCUAUUCCAUAACCCUCGUGUGAACCCACUUCCAACUGGCUAUGAAGACGAAUAAAGAGAACCUGGACCACUAUGCAGGCACCGGGGACCAUGGCACUGGUUUGGAUCAUUCCUCUGUACAUGGACCAGAAUAGUGUACUGGCCCUUAAGCUCACCUUCUUUACUUGUAUCAAAUGAUGACCAAUAUACUGAUCUUCCAUCCCUUUGCUUUUGCAGAAGAUGGCUUAAAUAAAUAACUUAAACUUCGAUUGAUCAUGA